GAAUAAUCUUUAAGUCAAUUUUUGAAAAUGGGAAAGAUGAAGGCAUCAAAGAAGCCUACAGCUUCUAGCAAGAAAAAGAAGGAUAAGGAGAGGCUACCUGAAUCAGUAUCGGUCAAGAAGCCUAAGAAAACAGUAUCUGAAAAUUCCUCUAAGAAGAAGAUAUCGAAGAAGAAAGAUAUUGAGAAGUUAGAUAACUUUACAAAGUCUUAUGAAAAAGUAAGAUAUAAAGAUAUCGAGAUAAAGGUUGGCGAUUACAUUCAGGUACAGGAUGAAAACACUGGGAAUUAUGUAGCCAAGGUUCUGGUCAUCAUCAAGCAUAGAGAGGAUUCUGAGCCUGAUGACCCUGAGAAGCUUGUCAAACUAGUUGCAACAAGAUUCUUUCAGAAGAAGGAUAUUGAUAUGGAGAAAUGAGAUAUCCCAAAUGAAAUGUCCUCAAGCAUUGCGGAUAAUGAGGUUUUCAGUUCGAACCACAAUGUGAUUAUUCCAGCACAUGCAGUAUUCGCCAGGCCUGAGGUCAUGUUAAUCAAUGACUACCAAAACUUGUCGAUAACAGGCCAAAAUACCUAUUAUACCAGGGCAAAGUAUGACAUUAUUAAACGGCAGCUCGACCCUCCAUUUAAAAAUUGGCCACAGUUUUGAGUCUGAAAGAAGCCUCUAAAUCCUAAUUCCCUCUACAUCGGCUGAGAGACUUGAGAUAGGUGGUUCCAUCCCUUGUGAGUCAAAAUAGAUCCUGUAAUGGCAAAGGAAAUGGAGAAGUACUAUUGAGAAUUCUGAAAUAAAGCGAGUAAGAAGAAAGUGUCCAAGAAAUCCAAGGAGAAAGCUUCUGAGACUACAAGCUCAAAAUCCAAAAGCAAGAAGAAGGAAACCACCACUAAAGCAAACAAGGGUAGUACAGCCAAAGCGAAGAAAGCAAGCAAGAGAAAAACCAGAAGAUAAAGCAUGCUGGUUUCCAUGGUUAGGAUC